AUGGCAACUUCUGCAGAGACCAUCUUGAACAGUGCCCAUAAUGUGCGGCCAGGUGAUAUUAUGUGUCUUCGAUGUCCUCCACCAACAAUGACUCGUCAUUUCACUCCUCAUUCUGUUUCUCCUGUUGAUAUUGUUGCUUCUGCUUCUUCUUCCGGUUAUUCUAGUACUGCUGGCAUGCAGUUUGUGAAGGAGACGGAUCUCACCGAGGAGGAGAAGCUGUACGGUAAGUGUCUCUCUUGUGAUAUGCUGCGGGAGUUGUUUGAAGUGGGCCGUGUGGAUAGUGCCACAAACUCGCUGGAGGCCAUCUUU